AAAAAGGAGUAAGGCAUUGCCAAUAUUUCAGACUACCCAGUGUGUAAUUCUGCGAUGAUACAGUCACACCGCGAAACCGAAUCCAAACCGAUCAAAGCCUGGAUACGUUAUCUCCAAUGGCACGCCAUAGGUCGGAUAGGAGUCGGUUUUGUCGGUGUGACUAGAGCAUAAUACUCCGAAGUAAUCCUUAUCUUCCCUUGCGAUAUGGGAAUGGGUUUUAAACUUUGAGUCGAGUGGGGAGAUUAUGAAGUCUUGUCUAAGUAAUAUUUAGCCACUCCGACACUCAGUAUCACCUGAAGCGGGUCUACAGGUGGUCCUAGCCUAGGUGGUUCUUGGAGAUCUUUAGAACCUUUUCUUGUCUGGAGUCUGUAUUUAAUUGAAUCAAUAUAGGCCUAUACUACUACCUUAUUUGGACUGGUAGAAUUGCAGCACAGUCUUCCAAACUGUGGGCAAACUAGCUGAAUGGUUUCAUCUUCAUCAGUUUCUUGAUUCUAUCGACACAAACAUCAUGUCUUUGGAACGAACGGGAGCAAUGACCACUGUGGUCUUGAUGAUUGGGUUUCUCGCUAUGUUAACCAUCAGCUCGCAGGGCGUCGUCGCCGACGAUGCACCCCUCUCUGCACCCCUUGGAGAUUCUUGGAUCUCAAGCAUCAGAGAGUUUGUUAAAAGACAGGCGAGUGAUCCAUCAGAAACCGACCUCUCAGAGGUAUCGCCGUCUCCCCUUGUUCCUUUAGACAGUGAAGUCCAAACCACCACAACUAAGAAACCAAAGAAGAACAAGAAGAACAAAAACAAGAAGAACAAGAACAAGAAGAAAAAGAAAAAGUCGACACCAGCACCAAUGACCACUAUCUUGAACUUAAUGGAAACGGGAAAGAUCGAUGUCCAGGAUCACAUGGAAGAUGAUGAUGAUGAUCAUUACGAGUCUCCAGGAGAAAACAUCACUUUAAAUGCCUACCCAGAUGUGGUGUAUCUGUAUGAAGGACACAACGGUACGAUUGAGUUUAACUUUACCAACCUACUUGGACCUGUUAUUCUGGAAUUUGAGAGCGAGAGCGAAAAGAUUUUUAAGAUCGUAAGUGAUGACCGAGUGGUCUUUGACCCAGAGGAUCCGUCUCAUAACGGAACUUUGGUGGUUACACUGAAAGGUGGCAAGCUAGGCAUCACGAAACUCAUUGUCCAUGUUACCGAUAUGGAAGAUGAAGAUGUCUUUGAUACCAAGAUGACUUACGUAGUCAAAACGAAAAGAAUUCCUCGACUGAUCGAUGUUAUAUUCGAUUUCCUCCUGCUUCCCUUGAUCUUAAUCACCACAGCUGGUAUGGGGUGCAAGAUGGACUUCAUCAUCAUCCGCGAUAAGCUCAAGAAACCAUUUCAGAUUCUGGUCGGUCCAGUCUGUCAGUUCAUCUGCCAGCCCUUUUACGCCUUCUGCAUCUCCAAGAUUCUAAAGCUGAGCGGUAUCACCGCCGUUGGUCUGGUCACAGUCGGGUCGUGUCCGGGUGGAGGCGUCAGCAACAUGAUCACCCUCCUCCUGGAUGCCGACCUCAUCCUCAGCGUCACCAUGACGUUCACAUCCACCUGUCUCGCAGUCGCGAUGCUUCCCAUCAACAUGCUCAUCUACGCACGUCACUUCCUGUCAGAAGAAGGUGGAGGAGUCAACAUCCCCUUUGCCAACAUCAUGAUCCAGAUCAUGAUGUUGACCGUCCCAGUCCUGUUCGGGAUGCUCAUCCAUUACAAACUUCCCAAGGUCGCCCACUACGCCAUCAAGUCUCUCAAUGUUCUAUCACUCACCAUGGUGUCUACAACGCUCAUUAUUGGUAUUUAUUCCAACCUCUACAUCUUCAGUUCAGAGUGGCAAGUCUUGGUGGGUGCUUUCCUUCUACCGACGUGUGGAUACAUUACUGGAUUCUGUGUGUCAAAGUUUAUAGCUCGGUUCCCGAUGGAGUCUGCUCUGACAAUCAUGGUUGAGACAGGGGUGCAGAACAACCUGAUUGCCAUCUCAAUGAUCAAGCUUUCGUACCCUCAACCGGAAGCCGAUCUCAUGGCCAGGAUGCCCAUCUUUGUAGCCAUUUCAUCCAUCACCAUUGGUUUAAUCAUGAUCUGUGCUGCUGUGCCUAUCAACAGAAGGAGACGCGCAGAGAGGAAGCAGAAGGCAGAGGAGGUUCAGAAAGAACUGGAUGACAGAUAUGACAAAUACGAAUACGAGCCCACGAUAAGGAACGGAAGCACAAAAGUCACCACCAACGGCCAUUAUCCUACCACUCCCGACUCCGAGGUGCCCCCUUCUUACGAGGAAGCAGAGCCCUUCAUUACACACCAGAAAAUGGCCAAAGAAACAAUAGUAUAAUCAUGUUAAUCAGCCGCUCUGGAUGCUAUAAAUAUGAAACAUUGAGAGUGAUGUUGUUGAAACCUGUUGCCAGACGAAAAUCAGAUGUGAAUAACUUCUCAGAUUUUCAAGCCUUGGAAAUGCUGGAAGCAAUCCCGCAUCGUCAAGUUGUAGAAGAUGAUCGCUUCUCUUCGUGAUAAGCGUCAUGGAUUCGUCCACCGGGGAAGCUUUUCUUGGAGGGAAGAUUUUGGAAAGUAUGUUAAGAGGGCUAUAGAGCGGUCAUGUGCCCCUAAAAUCAAAUAUUUGACUGUAAUCACCUGCCAUUUUAAAUCAGCAUUAAAUCUAUUCAGAUGAACUCAUCAGAAUAUACUUGCUUGAUAUACGUAAUGAACCAUCUAUGUAAGUUGUUAUUCUCCUUUUGGUUACUUAUGAAAGUCUAUCUAUUUUGUCAUCGGAUAAUUUGCUGACACUGGUCUUUGUAAGAAUUCUUUUUGAUAUAUCUUCAUCUUUUGGGCUCAACCAAUUGAACUCUUCCGUCGAAUUGAAUCACAGACAUCCCUUUGCUGAUUAGGUGUAAUAGUUAUUUUACUACAUGAUACGAGGAUGAUGAAAUAACGUGUCUAUUCGUUAAAAUUUUCAUUAGACUCAGGGUAAGGGGGCGGAUGCAGAAUUUUCUCAAAGGAGGUGCUCUUUUGUUGCGGAACAAAUAAGGGUCAUCAAUCCGGAAUGAAGGGGAUUUAUGUCAUGAAAUAUUUUACAAGCCCCAAAAAGUCUUCACUUGCGUAUAUGCACAACCUUUUCCACUAAAAAUGAUUUUUUUAUGGCUCUUAAAAAAAAGGGGGGGGGGGUACGGACUGGAUGUGCCCCCACCUGGAUCCGCCAAUGCUGAGGGUUAUUAAGAACAUAAGGUUGAUAGGAAAACAUUCGAUGUAGUCAGGGGCGGGGCGCUAUGAGGUGAGGACAGAUGAGGGGGUCGCCCUUAUGAUUUUUCAAGUAGUGAAAAGAAAAAAAAUAGGGGGAAAAAGGAAGAAGAGGAAGAAAACGGAAGGAGAGUACGAAAUAUAAAUUCUAGGUAUCCAAGUGAUUCUAUUUAAAACAAAAGUGACCUCCCCUUUAGGGUCAUCUUGCCCCCCCCCCCCCCCCCAUCAAAACAUUCUGGCGCCAACUUUAGAUGUACGUGUUAUAUUUCCAAUGAAAACUAACGUUGGAGAAUAUUUCAUUUUGAAAAACAAUUGGCAAAAAUAGAAUAUAUUUAUCAGAAUUAUUACUGUUGCGCUGACAUUUCAAUUAAGCAAUCUAUCUUAGUAUGAAUAAUUUAACAUAGCCCUUAAAAAAUGGGUUUCGAUUGCCCGAAAGAUAUGGUUUAUCAUAACAAAAAUGAAAUGGGAAAGAUGGGAAUAGCAACUAAUGAGUUCGUUUUAAACAAUAAAAAAUAUUUGUUGUGGGUAUUUUAUCAAAGUGAGUAUCAUUUUGCUAUCAUUGCGUCGUGUAUCCAUCAAUGUAUUUUAAGCUGUAAUAUGAAUGAUUUUCAUCACAACUUAUAUCGAGAAAUAUAAUGUACAUUUCUAUCAAAAUAUUUUCCUUUUUUCAGUGGACGACUAUAUCAAAAUCACAAAUGAAGAAAAAAAAUAACAUUGAGUACAAUACAAUGUUUGGCAAGGAUGGAAAAGGGCCGAGGGGUGACGUCAUUUUUAUUUAUUUAUUAUAAUGCUACCCCUCUCCGGCCCUUUUAAGGGGGUGAUUUACUCCCUUUCCUCUCUUUUAUUUUUUAACUGUUGAAAAUUAAAUUAAUAUUUGGAAAUGGUCAUGAUGGUAAGUUUCGAUUGAUAUGGUAUUAUCCCAAUAUGAAAUAAAAGAACCAUUGAAUGCAAUUUAGGCCUAUAAUUUACGACGUUAAUAAUUGUGAAUCAACUGAUGUGUAUCGUAUACAUAUAUGAAUUUGUUAUUAUUAAGGUCUUAAAAUUAUUUGUAAAGUAUCGGUGCUAUAUUAUUGGAAGAUAUCGAAUAAAUAUUUUAUUGCGCUUUGAAUAA